CAGCCAUUGUCUGAGGCAGAAGAGAGCCCAGAAAGAGCUCCCUCUCCCAGUCUUCCUCAUUCAGCACAGUAGUCACAGCCUGUACAUCAUGCAGCUGGUGGCCAGCCUGGUGUCUGUUCUGCUGCUGGUGUGGAGCGUGAGAGCCACUGCACUGCCUGGAGAAGAGAGACUUGCAAUACAGAGCACUAGGGAACAGAGCACAGUCCGGAAAGACGCCAUCCUCAAGAUGCUGGCGGGCCUGCUGGACAGCGUGGAUGCGGGGCGCGAGGCGGCCUCCCCCGACGUGGAAGAGGAGGGCAAGCUGGAGGAGGAGCGGGCGGUGCUGGGACGACUCGCCCAGCUCUCUCAGAGGGACCGCAAAGCCCCCUGCAAAAACUUCUUCUGGAAAACCUUCACCUCCUGCUAGUGCUGCCUGGCCUGGCCCUGCCGGGCCGCCUGCCCGUGAACACCCUCCCCUCCCCUUGAGUGCCCCGUCCCCCGAGCUCCCUUCCUUGUCUUCUCCACCCCUGAGAAUAAAGCAUGGCGCCUCGGG